GGAAAAAUAAUAUUAUUCACCUAGAAUAAAGAAUUACGACACAUAUACAAUACAAUUCUAAUUAAUGAUAAUAUAAAAUCUGUUACUUCUAAACACUAUUUAUUCCAUUUUUUUUAAUGAAAGUAUCUUCUUAAACACACAAAAUAUUUUAUGACGUUGCAAUUAUACAUACACACAAUAUCUACCUCUUCAUACUGAUGUUUUUGUGUUCCCUCUCGUCCAUCUCAAAUAUUGACUAUCAACUUUUUUCCAUGAUUAAUGAAUUCUCCCAAAAACGGUGGUAUUAUGUUGUAAAAUCUGUUACUUCUAAAAACUAUAUAAUAUUUAUUCCAUAUUUUAAAUUUUUUUAUGUCCGCCUAGUUAAAUAUUACAUGAUACCUCCACUUAUAUUGAUUGGAUAUAUUUUUUUUUUUCUGUCACUGAAUUGGAUAUUUCUCUAGAACUGCAGUAAUCAGGUUUGGGCUUUUCAUCGUGGCACAUAUACUCAGCAAAUAAAACUCCUGAUGCUUGGAGAGAGUGGUCAUGAAGCGUGAAGUUUACUACUCCCAACCUUUUGGAGCUUUGAUAUACUGGGUCGACAAAAUAAGACACACGUGUACUAUCAUGAGAUGAAAGAGACAGUAUCAUGCCAUGUGUCGAAAAUUAGGGCCACGUGGAACGGCGUUCUCUAUUUCAACGGUGACUGAAACUUCAAAGAGACGCGACGGCUCGCCUCUUUCCAAGGCGUUAGCACCUCACACCCUCCACAUGGAACCACAUGUCAUAACUCGAAUAUCUUUUUUUUCCCUCUUCAUUUUAUUACUUUGUUAAAAAAGCGCACCGCCAUUAUCCAUUGGCUUCAACUUGAACGAAUGAAAUAGAAAGGGAAAAAUAAAGCCAUUUUUGUUUAUUAAAUGUUUGUUACGUAUGAAACAAAAAAAAAAAUUGCGGAAUUGCGGUGGUCAUAUUUUUCUCUGUGCUAUCUGAUCAUCAAUUAAAUUCUACACGAUUGAGGCAUGACCGUUCACUUUAUUAUAUUUAAUUUCUUUUUAAAAAAUGGAUUGGGAUAUGAAGAAGGUGUUGAACUUUAAAGACUCUACAACUGACUUUUAUCAUCAUCAUCAUCCAACAACCACCCAUGCCCAAACUUGCAAUAAAAGACAGCAAGCGAUUUCUUCUCACUUACACACCUAUGUCAUCUCCAUCAUAUCUACUACUACUUGGUAGAAUCAGACAUCUGCAGCACAAUAAAACACAAGCUCUUUCUCUCUCUCUCUUUUGUUACAUUUGUGUCAUUGGCUUUGACGUCAAUUCUUAUCCAAUUCGAAUCUCUUUACCAUAAAUUUUCCUUUCUUUUUUUCCUCAUUCCUCCAAGAAUCUUGAUUUCGCCACUUCCCUUUAUACACUUCUCCUCUGUUUUGCUUUCUCUGAAUUCCCAAGAGAAAAAUGGUGCUGUAAGCUCGAUUCUGUAAUAUACUUUUUUAUGGAUUUAUCUUUGGGCAAAAAGGGUUUCAGUUUUGCUCUGAGGAAGAAGAAGUGGAUCUUACUUGCACUCAGUGGUUACGGCGCCUUCAGGGUUUAUCACUCUCCUUCCAUCUCCCGCAAAAGAAAACAAAUCUCCAAGCUCUUCACUCUCCUUGUCAACCUCAUCGAAGCAGCUUCUCAUUCCGCCGAAGCGGUUAGCUUGAUCACCAAGGAUCUAACGGAGUUUCUAAGAUCAGACUCCGACCAAAUCCCAAACAGCUUGAAACAGUUCUCCAAACUCGCGAACUCGGAUGAGCUUAACUCCUCCUUAAUCAGAUCCACACAAGCCGUGACAGUCGGGUUACUCAGAGGUUACCGGUUAGAUGAUUCCGGGUCCGGUUUAACGGAUCGGGUCAUGGAUAAGCUUUUCACUAAAUCCGGGUCCGGUUUUGCUUCGGUUAUCGUCGGUAGCUUCGCUAGAAACUUGGUCGUCGCGCUCUACUCCGCAUCCUCCUCCGGCGAAUCGGAAUUGCUCGACGCGAUUUGCUCCGACGACGGGAGGAAGCUAUUCGGCGAUUGCGUUCAGCGUUUCGUGAGCACGGCGGUUUCGGUUUAUCUCGACAAGACAAACGACGUGAACGUUUUUGACGAUUUAUUCGCCGGUUUAACCAACCCGAAACACGAACACAAGGUUAAGCAAACGAUUGUAACGGUCUGUAACGGUGCGGUUGAAACGUUCGUGAGAGCGUCAAGAAGAAAAACCACAGAACCGGAAUCGGACCGGACGUGGAUCGAUGGGAUAUCAUCGUCGUUGUCUGUACCGAGUAACCGGAAAUACGUGGUGGAUUUAACCGGGAAGGUGACGUUUGAGACGGUUAGAUCGUUGUUAGAAGUGUUGAUAGAGAGAGCGAAUGGGAAAGUGGAGAGUUAUGUGGAGAAAGUUAGAGAGAGAGGAAACGAGACGAGGAGAUUCGUGAGAGUUAAAUCAUCGCUUCUUCAUAGUUUAUGUUUGUUUCUGUGUUUACAGAUUGUUGAAGCUCCAUGGAUACUGACUCCAAGAAACUGAUCAGGCUACAAGACAAGAACCUGUUUUUUUCUUUCUCUUUCAAUACUACACUACACUUUUGUGUGUUUUGUUUGGUAAUUCUUGGAUCCAUUAUAUCAAUUUGACAAAUUCCGUGCAAACUUACUCUUCUUCUAUAAUUGGGGAAGAAAAUGAUUGUUUUUGACUUCGGAAAAAGGGUAUGGGUUUGGUUUGAAUGUUUUGGAUUCGGAUAAUGAUAAAGCAUGGGACAAUAUUUUGUGGAUAAAUAUGGUAUGGAUAUAGUGUAUUUGGUGGUGACGUGCA